AUGUGGCCAGCUCGUCGCACUUGGCGUCAGAAAUUCGCUCGGUUAAAUCUUUGGGCCACUCUUUACGCCUCUUGGGCACUCGGACUGUUCCCAUUCAUCUAUAAUUCCAGCACGAAGAAACUGCGACGAUCCAUGCGGCUGGUUGGAUAUGGCAUCAUUUUGAAUCUUGGGUCUCUUUGGAUUACGCUCAACUAUCGUGAACACACCGGAACCACAGCCAUAAUAGAGGUUUUUCAUCGAAAUCCUUUGGCAGAACAAAUCAGCUAUCUACAAAACAUUUUACUUUUGACAACCGUCUUUGUAAUGCACUUUCGGAACUGUUGGCUAUGCGAGGAGCUUGCCAACACGCUUAAUACUCUGACAGAUCUAUAUCAACGUCACCUUGUACAAUAUGACUUUAACGAUUGUCACAGCUUUGAUAAUUAUGUUAUAUAUAAAAGCCUAUCAAUUUGGCUGGAAUUUAUUUCAAUGUUAAUCAUCAGAUUUGGACUGUCGCCUCCAACUAACUUCAAAAACUUUUUGGGUCUUGUUGGUGUUAUAGCAAUUGAACUCGGCAUACUUCUAAUUGGAAUGCAUUUUCACCUGGCCGUGUUAUACAUAUAUCGCUCUGUUCGGAUCGUCAAUCGGGAACUUCUUACGCUAGCAAAUCAGCUAAGGAUGCGCCACACAAGGAGAUCCUACCGUGUUCAAGAACUGCAUUAUCUUUAUAGUCGCCUCUUAGACCUAAGCAUCCGACUAACUGCCAUCUACGACUACCAAAUGAGUCUAUUAAUGAUAUCCUUACUAAGUGCUAAUAUAUUAUCCAUAUUCUAUAUGAUAGUCUACAGUAUUAGUUUAAAUAAAAUCUUGUCGUUUGUUUUGGCGAUAAACUUGAUUCAGGCGCUUGCCAUUAAUUUUAUGGAUUUCUGGUUGAGUAUUGCGGUCUGCGACUUGGCAGAGCGAGCAGGUCGAGGAACCUCAGCUAUUUUAAAGCUAUUUAAUGAUAUAGAACUAGAUGUUGAUCUAGAACGAAGUAUCAACGACUUUGCCCUAUUUUGCUGUCAUAGACGUCUAAGAUUUAACCAUUGCGGCUUUUUCUAUGUUCAUAACGCAAUGGGAUUUCGAAUGAUUGUAGCUUGUGUAUUGUAUUUAAUCUACUUGGUUCAGUUCGAUUAUAUGAAUUUGUAA